AUGGCUCCAAUGGCUUCUUCAAAUGGUCAAGCCACUGCACAUUCUGUCCAGAAUUUAAUUAACGUCAUCGGCUCCGGCCACCCUGCCAUCCAAGACUCUCUUCCUCGUCUAAGCGAUAUCAUCACUCAAUCUGAUAGGAAUCCGAAUGGUAAUCAACGUCCUAAGUUUAAGCGUUCAAGGGCUGGUUGCCUCACUUGCCGUAAGCGUAAGGUUAAGUGCGACAUGACUGCUCCCGUUUGCUUGAAAUGUACAAGCCUUGGGAGAGAAUGCACUUACCCAAACCCUAACGCUCCCUCUGGAAAACGUAAAAGAACUUCAUACGAUUCUGACGCACAUGAUUCUUCCACUCUUCCUGAACCUAGUGCAUAUGACGACGACAGUUACAAUGACCCUUUUAAUAACCCUAUACACUCUCUCAAGCGUCUACAGUCUCUGCUUGGUCCAAAACUCCUAUCGCAGCUCAUCGAUUCUUCCCCCGAUGUUCAAUUGGAAAGUGACAUGAAUCUACCCAAUCAUAAUCACAAUCAUAAUCCACAUCCAAAUUCGAAUUCAAAUCCUUUACCUGUUCCUCCUGUCCCUCCAAACGGUCCUGCUAUGUCUUUGAUGCCGUCAGACGCUCCCCCACUCCCACAACCCUCAUACUUUGACCCUUCGUCGUCAAGAAUUCUUCCCCCCAAUAUGGAUCCACCACUGGGGAACUCGAUGGCUACUGUAUCUGUCCCUUUCAACUCGCUUAACAACGGUUUGAUGGCGCCUACGUCUCCACUUACCAACGAAUAUGCAUCAUUCCUUUCUUCAACGCCAUUUUUCACCCCACCUUCCCCUAUACUCAAUCAAGACACCAGUCCAGACAAUGAGUAUAUAUAUAGCAGACCAUCCCCACCAACAGCAUCCUCACCUACUGCUCUACCUCCAAUCAUGAGUGAGGGUGUCUACGCGAACAACAUUAUCAACGCGAACCCACAAUCAAAGCAACUGCUACAUAAUUUCCUCAGCCAGUCGAAGAAGCUGCUUUGCGCGAUAAACGAGCCAAAGAAUCCAUUCCUAGCGCUUUCCAUACCGCUCGUACUGAAUACGAAUCAAUCCGCAAUCACGUAUGGGAUACUAGCAAUCUCAGCGACCCAUAUGCAUUUCAUACGUCAGAAACAGGGCUUAGAUGCAUAUCAAGAGCUUCAGCUAUCGCAUCAACUAAAGAACAUGGCAUUAAAGCAGGUGAUGAUGCCAUUAAUGAGUGACUCGAGUAGUCAAGACAUAGACAUGUCCUUACUAGCAUUCAUAGCUGUGUUAAAGUAUGACGUUCUCAGUGCAAGUCAGGAUUGGCGGCAGUCGAUGAAUGUCGCUUUAGCGUUAGUUAAUAAGCUUGGUGGUCCAUCUGUCAUGCUUGGUCUGCACAAACGUCGCCAUGUCGUUGACGACCUUAGCAAAAAAUCUUUGCUUAUUAGACGUACUUUCCUCGAGGAACUCACCGCUCAUGAAGUGUUUGCGUGUCUCACUACAGGUGACUCACCCCAACUUAUAGGCGAUACGACCCACUCGGCGUGGUGGUUUGAGAUGCAAAACAGUGAAAACUUCGGCGACGAUGCGCAUAACAGCUUCGAGCGCAGUUACGGAAUGAGUAGGCAGAUGCUGGAUAUAAUAGCGCGGUCAUGUCGCCUUCAUAGUCAAAGACGCAAGCUGAACAUGCCCAUACCGAUAGACGAUAAAGAUGCGGCGACACUGCAGGAAGUGUUACCAGCGGAUAUGCUCUCCACGAUGCAAACCAUACGCAGUAAGACUUUCACUCUGUACAGUGAGCUCGAGAAUAUGGCCCAGCAGUCUCUCGUACUGCGGCAUCAACGAGUAGAGUGCGGAGACCUCAUCUACAGACAUACACUGAUGAUUUUCCUCUCGCGCGAAAUCUUCGACAUACCUAUUCAUGAUGCUAAUAUACAAGCCGCGGCGCGGGCUGUACUGGGACUGUGCAGCGAAGCGACGCGUGAUAUGGGUAUGGCAGUUAUGCUUAUUUGGGCAAUCAUCAUUAGCGGUGUACAAAUGUUCACCAGCCACGACCGAGAAUGGGUUCGCCAACUAUUCCGCUCGUGUCGCGAAUGGUACUGCUCCGACCUCGAAUGCGCGGAAACUAUCGUUAGCGAGUGCUGGAAACGCCAGGAUGCUCACCUCCCCAACGACGACUGGCGCUCUGUUGCAAGGGAUCUACAGAUCGACGUGAUGAUGCUAUGA